ACUUAAAUAUAUUAAUGAGCCUCAUAAAAUUUUAUCACUAAUCUCAGUGAAAAGGAUGUUAGAAUUGCGGGUCUUUCUGCAUCAGAUUUUUCAGAUUAGAAAUAGGGGGGACUAGUGAGUAAUUGGAACUUAUGUAGGUCAGAGACUUAAAGCAGCCUUCAAGCACCAUUAGUUGACAUAUUUGGCGUGGAAAAUGACUAACGAAAGCAACACUAGUUGAAAAACUUCUGAUUUCAAACUUCACGGUAGAGAAAAACUUGCCUAUACCAAGGUGUGUACCCCAAUCUCUCUAUCUCCUCUUCUGGCUUAUCACAUGAGGAGAGUGAUAGAGAGAAAAAAAGGUAUACACUCCGUUACAUGCAACUUCUUCUCCUCAACGGGACUACUCGAAUUGUUUAUCUAGCCUACAAUAUAAUAAGCUUAUUUGACAGGGUAAUGCAGUCUUAAAGACAUGACUGUAAACUUGAGGUUUAUAAAAUUGCGAAACUGAUCUUACUGGUUCAACUUCAAGACCAAACCUUUUGCAGAUGACUUAAGGAUCUCUUAAUCAAUACCGAUACGUGUCGAAGAUUAGUAUUAUAAUACAAACCCAACCUCGUCAGUAAGAAUAGAAAAAUCUUUUUAUUAAUUGAAGAUAAACUCCGCUUACAGAUCAUAUAUUCAUUCUGCUAUAGAUAUCAUGUUUUGUUUAUACAAGUUGAACCCUGAUAAUGGGGAGGCUGGUCAACCAAGACAACUAUUAAGAAAAAAUCAACUAGACAAUCUUCUUCAAUCCACCCUGCUUGGUAUAAGUUAGUGCCAAUAAUUCAACACAAAAAUAAUUACCAGGAAAUUUCAUGGUAGAAACGUCCGUUUCAAGGGCCCCACAAAAACAUUGGAAUAUAUUCCAACUAAAGUCUCAACCUUUUUUUUCUUGCCAGAGCACACCUUUCAAUUCCAAGUAAAAUGAGUUUCCUCUCUCUCAUCUUAUCUGCCAUCAUUCUCACCACUUUCAGUUGCUGUUCUUUGAUUGUUGCUCAGCAGCCUUAUGAGGGCAAGGCGUUUACAGAUUGUUACAACACAAACACUUACUCAAAAUCUGUUCUUGGGUACAGCUGCAAUGGAGUGAACAAAAGUUGCCAAACUUACCUCACCUUCAGAUCCCAGCCUCCUUACAACAGUGUUUCUGCAAUCUCUGCUAUGUUGGCUUCUGACCCGUCUCAGAUUGCGGAGAUGAAUUCGGUUUCCGAGACUGCAACGUUUGAAACGAACAAGUUGGUGAUUGUUCCAAUCACAUGCUCCUGCUCAGGUGAUUUCUAUCAGCUAAACACAUCUCAUGUAGUUGUGCAUGGUGAUACAUAUUUUGUGAUUGCAAAUAACACUUUGCAAGGCCUCUCAACAUGUCAAGCUAUGAUGAACCAGAAUACUAAUCUCACUACAAAAGAGUUGUAUUCUGGUACUAGACUUAGUGUUCCUCUUAGAUGUGCUUGUCCCACAAAGAACCAAACUGAUGUGGGGACCAAGUAUCUUUUGACUUACAUAAUCGCUCAAGGGGAUUAUGUUUCAAAGAUUAGUGCUACAUUUGAUUCGGAUACCGGAAGAACUCUUGAAGCUAAUGGGCUUUCUGAGCAAGCCUCUACCAUUUAUCCCUUCACCACACUUUUAGUUCCUUUGCAAAACCCUCCAUCUAGUUCUCAGACCAUAGAGCCACCCUCAUCAUCACCAUCACCUCCGGCGCCACCUUCAACUUCCUCUAAUAACUCAACGAAAAAAUGGGUUUAUGCCUUUGUUGGGGCUCUUGGAGGAGGUGCUUUUGUGUUGGUCAUAGGCAUCAUUAUCUUCUGCACAUUCUUUCGCAGAAGCAGAGGUACGAAGGGUUUCAAUUCAAUUAUUGUCUCGGAGAGGUUUGAGGCACUUGAGAAACCACUAGAGAAAAAGGAGGAAGAAGGAUCUCAGGACUUCUUAGAGGCUCUAUCUGGCAUAGCUCAAUCCCUCAAAGUUUACAAAUUUGAGGAACUGCAACGCGCAACAGAUGACUUUAGCUCCACUUAUUUGAUUAAGGGGUCUGUGUAUCGUGGAAACAUCAAUGGGGAUUUGGCAGCCAUCAAGAAAAUGAAUGGAGAUGUGUCCACAGAGAUAAAUUUACUAAACAAAACCAGCCAUUCUAAUCUCAUUUGCCUGUCAGGAGUUUGCUUUCAUGAUGGACAUUGGUAUCUUAUAUAUGAGUAUGCUGUCAAUGGACCCUUGAGUGAUUGGAUCUAUUACAGCAACAAUGAUGGGAAAUUUCUGAAUUGGACACAAAGAAUACAGAUUCUGUUGGAUGUGGCCUCAGGGCUUAAUUAUCUCCACAGCUUCACCACUCCUCCCCAUGUCCACAAGGAUAUAAAGAGCAGUAACAUUCUUCUUGACAGUGACUUCAGGGGCAAGAUUGCAAACCUAGGUCUAGCAAGGUCAACCGAAGCGCCGGAAGGUGAGGUUCCUUUGACAAAUCACAUUGUUGGAACAAUAGGAUACAUGGCUCCUGAGUACUUGGAGAAUGGUUUGAUCUCCACAAAGCUUGAUGUCUAUGCAUUUGGGGCUCUCAUGCUAGAAAUACUCACUGGAAAAGAGGUUGCUGUGCUUUAUGAGGAAAAUAGACAAUUGUCUGAUGUAUUAAACUCUGUUCUGAACGACGAAGAUGGACCGGAGAGUUUGAGGCACUUCAUCGAUCCUUCUAUGCAAGAGAGUUAUCCUCCGGAACUUGCUCUUUUUGUGAUCAGAUUGGUCCAUAGUUGCUUAAAUAAAAACCCAGCUGCUCGCCCGGCAAUGGAGGAGAUGGUACAGUUUCUCUCAAGAACUAUGAGCAAUUCACUCAGUUGGGAAUUGUCAAGCAACAUCUCAGGCUACCAAGGUACAGAGGGAUUUCUUGAUGGUAGAGGAACUGGCACAGGGUCUCAAUCAACUACUUAGUUUAGUAUUGUAAUUUACUGCUAGUUUUGUUCUUUUAGAAAUACGGCAGUUAAGAUUCGUCCGAUACUUCUUGUUCCUCAUUAUUCUAAAGAAAUAAGGUAAUUUGUUGCAUUAUACAUCUGGUUAUAGUCCAUUAAACAAUGUCCUAUGUGCAGAAUGAUCUAUUAAUAACAAAAUAAUUAAUUAUUGAGGCGUAA